GCCCCGCCCCGCCCCCCGCGCGGCGCGCAGGCGCAGCGGCUGUUUCUCUAUAUAAGGGUUGCGCCUGGCCGGGCUCGCGCUGUCAUCGGGAGGAUGUCGCGAUACGGGCGAUACGAGACCAAGGUGUACGUGGGGAACUUGGGCACGGGCGCCGGCAAAGGCGAGCUGGAGAGAGCCUUCAGCUACUAUGGACCGCUGAGAACCGUGUGGAUCGCCAGGAACCCGCCGGGGUUCGCCUUCGUGGAGUUCGAAGACCCCCGGGAUGCUGAAGAUGCUGUGCUUGGCCUCGAUGGGAAGAUAAUAUGCGGCUCCAGAGUCAGAGUGGAAGUAUCCACAGGGAUGCCGCGCCGCUCCCGCUACGACCGGCCCCCAGCCCGGCGCCCCUUCGACCCCAACGACAGAUGCUACGAGUGUGGUGAGAAAGGCCACUAUGCCUAUGACUGUCACCGCUAUAGCCGGCGAAGGAGGAGCAGGUCCCGGUCUAGAUCCCGCUCGAGGUCUCGAGGAAGAAGGUAUUCCCGGUCACGCAGCCGCAGCCGUGGUAGGAGAUCCAGGUCAGCUUCCUACCGCAGGUCCCGGUCGAUGUCUCCUCGUAGAUACAGAUCAUUCUCACCCCGCAGGUCCCGCUCUGGUUCUCUAAGAAGGUCAAGAUCUAGGUCCAGGUCACGCUCCAGGUCCCGGUCUGUUGUAUGGCCUCGAAGCAGGUCUGAGUCUCAUGGUAGAUCUAAAUCUGGCUUACCUGCUAAAAGCCGCUCAAAGUCCAGAUCACCAUCUCCAAAGAGAAGUCACUCACCAUCAGGAAGCCCUUGAAGGAAUGAAAGUCCUAAAAGAAUGGGUUCAAAUUUAAGAAGUUUAGUAAAAAUUUAUUUUGUUUACAUUAUAAGGGAUUUUGUGAUGUAAGGGCUUAGUCCUAGAAGGCUGUUUCUAUUGACUAGCAAUUGGCAUGAAUCUCUACCUUCUAAAAGCCUUGUUAGCAGACUAAUACAAAACUCUUCUGUUGUGUUUGUGUUCUGUGAUCUGAAAAUGUUCGGCUUUUUUUUUUUUUUAUUGGUGCAUUGAAAUAAACUGCAUUUCUAACUAAUCAGUUGUGAUAACCCCACUGUUCACAGUUUGGGAUGGGGAAGCAGGCAGCGUGCCCCUGGGGUGAAAAACAGCAGGCAGGUUGGGACAGGCAUGUGUGCCUUCUGCAUCCCUAUGCAGCACCAGCUAGAGGGAAAAGGUACCAAUCUGUUGUGUGUAUACUACAUGUCUGUAUACCUUUUUUAGGAAAUUUAAGGGGUUUUGUGGAGAUCACAAAGCACAACCUGCCAAGUAGCAGGAUCUGUGUAGAAUGGAGAGCUCAAGUUCCUCGUGUCUGCCUGGUUCCAUCCUGGCAGUGAAGUGUACCCAGGGAAGGGUCCUGCUGCUGUGCUGAUUUGUGGUUGCUUUGGGAAACCAGACUGACCCCAUCUCACCAUGGAUAGAUUACUGGAUUAGUAAAAUAGUUCAGGAUUUUUGCCAAUUUGCUUCAUCUUUGCAGCUGAUAAUGGCUGUUACCAGAAUAGAAAGGAAAUUUUGGAGUACCAGGUAAUUUUAGGAAUAGUAGGAAGGGGAGAGCAUGCUGUUUUUCUGGGGUGGCUGAACACCUGCCUGCCCAAGGGAAGUGGGGAAUAAAUUCUUUUGCUUUUGUUUUAUUAAA